AUGUCUGACGGAACACUGUUUACUGAUUUGAAGGAGAGAAAGUUGAUUAGGACCAUUGUGCCAAGAGGUUUAGUGCGUUCCUUGAAGCUGGACGUUAAGCUUGCUGAUCCAAGUGACGCUCAGCAACUUUACGAAAGGGAGUUUCCCUUGCGUAAGUACCCAACUUUUGUUGGACCGCAUGACGAGUGGACGCUUACAGAGGCAAUGGCUAUUGACUACUACUUGAUCCAUCUGUCGAGCGACAAGGAAGCUGUGCGCCAGUUGUUGGGUCCCGAAGGUGACUUCAAAACUCGUGCAGAUAUUUUAAGAUGGGAAUCGCUUUCCAACAGUGAUUUCUUGAAUGAGGUUUGUGAGGUGUUUUUCCCUCUAAUUGGCGUAAAGCCAUAUAAUGCCACUGAAUUCAAAGCCGCAAGAGAGAAUGUCGACACCAUUGUUUCGCUUUACGAGAAAAGGUUAAAGAAACAGCAAUACCUUGUCUGUGAUGACCACGAAACUCUUGCUGAUUUAAUCUCAGCGGCUGCUUUUUCGCUAGGGUUUAUAAGUUUUUUCGAUGAAACAUGGAGGUCUAAGCAUCCAGAGGUUACGCGCUGGUUUAAUCGAGUAAUUAAGUCCCGCUUUUUUGAAGGUGAAUUUGAGAGUUUCAAAAUGUGUGAGACUGAGAUGCAACCCAUUAAAUAA